CCCGGCCUCCCACCAGGAAAGCGGCGCCGCGCGGCGUGCUGGAUAUCGCGCCUCCACCCGAUCACUCUGAUCACCGCAUCGACCUCGACGCGCGAGAAUCAAACUCCAAACCGCGCGAGCGGCCCAUUUUUUCAUCACCACAUUUCAAGUAAUUUUUGCGCUGACUCGCGCGCGGGCGGACCAGGCGCGCGUGACGAGGGACUCACCGGCUAGACAACCGUGUCAGGAAACGCCCGGCUCGCUGUCAAAGAGACACACGCAGCCACACCAAAAAUAAGCGUUUCCGACCUCGUACGUCAAAUCAGGUUGACCCAUGGUGCGCUACGUGAAGAACGAGGG